CACGAAGAAUAGAGGGAGAAUGAAAAAAAUGACAUAAAUGGCGGAAAGCAAACCUAGCGCCAACAUUCGUAUUUUCGUUUAAUUUUUGCUCCAAAGUGCAAUUAAUUCCGGCUUGUUGAUCGCUGCAUAUUGAGUGCAGCCACGCAAAGAGUUACUAGGACUGGAGUAUAGUCAUCGAGUCGAUUGCGGACCAUGUACAAGCGCAAAACCGCGAGUAUUGUUAAAAGAGACAGCAGCUCCGCAGCGGACACCUCCUCCUCGGCUAUGAUGAUGAAGGUGGAUUCGGCUGAGACUUCAGUCCGGUCGCAGAGCUACGAGUCCACACCCAUUAGCAUGGAAACAUCACCGGAUCCUCCAACGCCAAUCAAGUCUCCGUCGAAUUCACAAUCGCAGCCUGGACAACAGCGCUCCGUGGGCUCACUGGUCCUGCUCACACAGAAGUUUGUGGAUCUCGUGAAGGCCAACGAAGGCUCCAUUGACCUGAAAGCGGCAACCAAAAUCUUGGACGUGCAGAAGCGCCGAAUAUACGAUAUUACCAAUGUUUUGGAGGGCAUUGGACUAAUUGAUAAGGGCAGACACUGCUCCCUAGUGCGCUGGCGCGGCGGGGGCUUUAACAAUGCCAAGGACCAAGAGGACUACGACCUGGCACGCAGCCGGACUAAUCAUUUGAAAAUGGUGGAGGAUGACCUAGACAGGCAACUGGAGUAUGCACAGCGCAAUCUGCGCUACGUUAUGCAGGAUCCCUCAAAUAGGUCGUAUGCAUAUGUGACACGUGAUGAUCUGCUGGACAUCUUUGGAGAUGAUUCCGUAUUCACAAUACCCAAUUAUGACGAGGAAGUGGAUAUCAAGCGUAAUCAUUACGAGCUGGCCGUGUCGCUGGACAAUGGCAGCGCAAUCGACAUUCGCCUGGUGACAAACCAAGGUAAGAGUACUACAAAUCCGCACGAUGUGGACGGGUUCUUUGACUAUCGCCGUCUGGACACGCCCUCACCCUCGACCUCGUCGCACUCCAGCGAGGAUGGUAACGCUCCAGCAUGCGCGGGGAACGUGAUCACCGACGAGCACGGUUACUCGUGUAAUCCCGGUAUGAAGGAUGAGAUGAAACUCUUGGAGAACGAGCUGACGGCGAAGAUAAUCUUCCAAAAUUAUCUGUCCGGUCAUUCGCUGCGCCGAUUUUAUCCCGAUGAUCCGAAUCUAGAAAACCCGCCGCUGGUGCAGCUGAAUCCACCACAGGAAGACUUCAACUUUGCGUUAAAAAGCGACGAAGGCAUCUGCGAGCUGUUUGAUGUUCAGUGCUCCUAACUGUGGAAUGGGAUGUACACCUUAGGACUAUAGCUACACUGCAACUGGCCGCGUGCAUUGUGCAAAUAUUUAUGAUUAGUACAAUUUUGACUUUGGAUUUCCCUAUAUCGUCUAGAAAUUUUUAAUUAGUAUAAUACCUUCUAAUUUCGCCACUCUAACAGCAAAACCAAUAAAUUCAUAAAUGCACA